AUGUCGUCAGCCAUUGUUGUCGGUGCAACUGGCAUCCUGGGCCGUGAAAUCGUCCUACAGCUAGGCAAAAGCCCAGAUAAAUGGCCAACCAUCUACGCCCUGUCCCGGUCCAAAAAGGGCGACUUCCCCCCGACCGUCCGCCAGACGUCCAUCGACCUCACCGGCUCCACCACUGAGAUGGCCCAGAACCUCCAAGGGGUGACGGCCGAAUACGUCUUCUUCGCAGCCUACCUCCAAAAGGACACGGAGCAGGCCAACUGGGACGUAAACGGCGACAUGCUCCAGAACUUCCUCAACGCCCUCGAGACCACCGGCGCCGCAUCGUCCCUGAAGCGCAUCGUCCUCGUGACAGGGUGCAAGCAGUACGGCGUGCACCUGGGCCCCGUCAAAAACCCCAUGCUCGAGACGGACCCCUGGCUCCGCGGCGGCGGCGACCGGACUUCGUUCCCGCCGAACUUCUACUACCGCCAGCAGGACAUCGUCCGGGACUUUUGCGAAACGAAGGAGGUCGGGUGGACGGUGACGUACGCGAACGACGUGGUCGGGUUUGCGCGCGGGAACUUCAUGAACCUGGCUACCUCCGUGGGGAUAUAUGCCGCUGUCGAGAAGGAGCUGGGCCACGACCUCGUCUUCCCCGGCUCGGAGCGGUUUUACUCGGGGUUCGACUCGCUCACGGAUGCGGGGCUGCAUGCGCGGUUCUGCGAGUGGGCGGCCCUCGAGCCACGGGCGGCGGGGGAGGCUUUCAAUGUCGUUAAUGGGGAUGUGGAGAGUUGGCAGAAUCUGUGGCCUCGUGUUGCUGAGCGAUUUGGCAUGAUGGUUAAGCCGGAUCAGUUCGUGGCCGGGUAUGGGGGGGAGAGUAGCUCUUCUCAACUCGCUGACGUGGCGCCCCUGAGCGUCUUUGCUGAGAAGGCCGGGUUGGAGGGGAGGGUCGUGCCGGGACGGCUUGAACAACGUGUCGAUCUCGUCAAGUGGAGUCAGAGGGAGGAUGUGAGGAAGGCGUGGGACUCUUUGACGACUCGGGAGGGACUCGACAAGAAGGCCUUUGAGGAAGCUACGUGGAGUUUUCUCGGGUUUGUCUUGGGUAGGGCCUACGAUUUGGUCGUUAGCAUGAGUAAGGCCAGGGCUUUGGGCUGGACAGGGUACAAAGACACCUGGACAGCCAUCUCGGAUGUGUUUGAUAAGCUUGAGGAGGCAAAGGUUCUGCCGAAGACGCGGUAA